UAAUAAGUGUGUGUUAAGACCACAUGGCCUUGCUGCCUCUGGGGCCUCAUCCCCCUCCUCAAUACGAAGAAAAUUAAGCAGAAAAAUGAAAGAAGAGACUCUCUUUUUCUAACUUCUACUCUCAGUAUCGCUAACCCUCCACCUCGGCGGCUAAUGGCUGACGAAAAGGAAGUAUCAGCCUCCGUGGUGGAGGGGACUGACACAGAGACUGGGCACAUCAUUUCCAUUACCAUUGGAGGCAAAAAUGGCGAACCCAAGCAGACUAUCAGCUACAUGGCCGAGCGAGUCGUUGGAACCGGAUCUUUUGGGGUAGUCUUUCAGGCCAAAUGCCUAGAGACUGGAGAGACGGUGGCAAUUAAGAAGGUAUUGCAGGACAGGAGGUACAAGAAUCGAGAGCUGCAGCUGAUGCGUUGCAUGGAUCACCCAAAUGUUGUCUCAUUGAAGCAUUGUUUCUAUUCUACUGCCAGCCAAAAUGAACUUUAUCUUAACUUGGUUAUGGAGUUUGUUCCUGAGACUGUAUAUAGAGUCCUGAAGCAUUACAGUAAUAUGAAUCAGAGGAUGCCUCUUAUCUAUGUGAAAUUGUACACUUACCAGAUAUUUAGGGCACUGGCCUAUAUUCAUGUUGGUGUUCGGGUCUGCCAUAGAGACGUCAAGCCUCAAAAUCUGCUGGUUGAUCCUUUGACUCAUCAAGUCAAGCUUUGUGACUUUGGAAGUGCCAAAAUUUUGGUCAAGGGUGAAGGGAACAUAUCGUACAUAUGCUCUCGAUACUAUAGGGCCCCCGAGCUCAUAUUUGGUGCCACAGAGUAUACAACAUCAAUUGAUAUAUGGUCAGCAGGUUGUGUUCUUGCUGAGCUUCUCCUUGGCCAGCCAUUGUUUCCUGGAGAGAGUGCAGUAGACCAGCUUGUUGAGAUCAUCAAGGUCCUUGGAACUCCAACUCGUGAGGAAAUCAGAUGUAUGAAUCCAAAUUACACUGAAUUUAGAUUUCCACAAAUAAAAGCUCACCCUUGGCACAAGGUCUUCCACAAACGUAUGCCACCAGAGGCAAUUGAUCUAGCUUCGCGGCUUCUUCAGUACUCACCUAAUCUCCGUUGCACUGCUCUAGAAGCAUGUGUGCAUCCCUUCUUUGAUGAGCUCCGGGAACCAAAUGCUCGUCUUCCAAAUGGUCGCCCUUUACCGCCGCUCUUUAACUUCAAACUAGAACUGCAUGGUGCCCCGCCGGAGCUCAUUAACAAGCUGAUCCCUGAGCACGCAAGGAAUCAAUCUCUUUUGAGUUUCUAACUUCUGGGCAAAGCAUUCAUAUGCACAUGGCUCGAGGUCAAGUGCUAGCUGCCUAUUCAGGCAAUGGAGAGGCGGUAUUCUUUACUCAAACUUCAGAGGAGGCACCCAUAGGCUGAAUUUCCUCGGUCUCAUCAUGUUUGCCUGGGGUUUGUUUCUCCUAGUCUUUGUUGUGCCAGUUUUUUCUGGCUUUGUAUAUUUCUAGAUCUGGUGGUAGUGUUAUUAUACUGAUCAUAAGCAUGUUAGAUGAAGAUGAAGCAGGAGUCUUGACUGGAGAGAGAGAGUGAGAUAGAGAGAGAGAGAGAGAGAGGAGUAGGUUUUUGGGUGUUGGCUGGUUGUCAAUUUUGCCACGGUCUGCAAAACUCCAAAAGCCAAGUGUUUUUUCUUUUGCUUUUUGUUCUUCUUUUCUUUCUGUGCUCUUUACUUAAAGUUGUUUUUCUGAUACUGUUGAAUGUGUUAAUGCAUAUUUAUUUGUGUACA